GGGAUGGCGAGGAGGCUUCGCGCCGCUAUGGCCUUGCUGCUGUUCCAGGCCCUGCCCGAGGGGCUGCCUGCCAGCGUGGAGCCUGCCCAGAACUGCCCGACCUGAUGUCAUUUCCCUCUUGCAAACACCCCGGCUGGGCUGCGUCUGAGAUAUGUCACGGGGAGUGGGAGGAGGAGGAGGGGGAGCCAGCGAGUGCGUGCAGUGUCCCAGGACCCUGUUUACUGAGCAUUCCCAGCCGAGGAAGCCCUGGUUUAAAUAGGAUCGGAGGAGCGGGCUGCCCGCAGCAGAGGAGGAAAUGGUCACUGUGGGGCUUUAAAUUCCUACCUUCCCAUGCGCUGGUGUGGAGGAUGAGCCUGCAGAAUGCCUUUCCUCCUGGGUCUCAGACAGGACAAGGAAACCUGCAUGGGUGUCAACAAUCAAAGUUACAUAUGUGAAACGGGCCACUGUUGUGGACAAUCCCAGUGUUGCAACUACUACUAUGAACUCUGGUGGUUUUGGCUGGUGUGGACCAUCAUCAUAAUCCUCAGCUGUUGUUGUGUUUGCCAUCACCGACGCACCAAGCAUCGUCUCCAGGCCCAGCAACGGCAACACGAGAUCAACCUGAUCGCCUACCGGGAAGCCCAUAACUAUUCAGCCCUGCCAUUUUAUUUCCGGUUUUUGCCAAAUUACUUACUACCUCCCUAUGAGGAAGUGGUGAACCGACCACCAACACCCCCCCCACCAUAUAGUGCCUUACAUCAGCAGUGCAUCCCAGCAGGCAGCAGUAACACAAUCCUGGACACACCAAGAAACCUGCAGCCAGCACAGAGCAGCUCAGCAGCACCCAGUGGCAAUAACAGCAGUACUGACAACACCGGGUCCCCCGGCCUUGGGGACCCUGAGCCCUCCACCACCACACUGGGUGCACGAGCAGUUGCCAAAAUGCAAAGCGUCGAGCCCGGUGGUACCAGCACGGGAGCUGAGCUAUCGGCCAGUCCCAGUAAGGAUACGGAGUGCAAGGAGGAACUGCUAAAAGGUUAUAGCUCUGAGAGCUUAGAGCAGAGCAGUGCCAUUCCCGACGUGAAGGACAAGACGCCGGGCAGGCAGCGCCGUUUCACUGGCGACUCGGGCAUUGAAGUCUGUGUAUGCAACCGGGGCCAUCAUGACGAUGACCUCAAGGAGUUUGACGGGCUCAUCGAUGAUGCUCUGGAUGGGCCCCUGGACUUCUGCGACAGCUGCAGUGGCCACCCCCAUGGGGACGAGGAGGAAGGGCUUUUUAAUGCCACAGAAGAGCAGCACCGUGAACACAGCCACCACCACCUGCCCCGGCAGCCAGUGUGUGUACUUUUGAACACAAUAAAUGAGCAGGACUCUCCAAACUCUUGUACCAAUAACUCCCCCAGCUAAGGUGGCAGAGUGAAAGGAAGAAUUGGGGGAAAAAAACAAAGAAAUAAAAGUGGAGUAAGAGGAUUAAAACUUUAACAGGAGGAAAAGGAGAUACAACCUUGUUUAUUAGUUUAUUUUUCUUUCUCCCCCUCCAAUAUAACUCGGGGACUAGUCCUCGAAGGCCUGGCUUGUGGGGGACGGGUCACUCUGGGUUUUGUUAAUGGUGUCUGUCCUGCUCUGCAGGGCAGGGACUGAUGUUUCUCAAUGAGACCUUCUAACAAAUGGAAUUUUCCCAAUGGUGAUUUUGGUGAUGGUUAUUACGAGUUUGUUGGUUUUAGUUUUCUGAAACACUGCUUUAUCUCGCAAUCAGUAAAGCUCAGCAAAUCUCACCCUUGGAGGAUGCGAAAUCACCGUAAGGCUUCAACCUCCAGCAGGUGUCUUCCCAGAAGCAAGCAGCUUCUGACAGUGCCGGCAGUCAGUAGCCCAAGAGUUCUGGUGUGAUGUAGUGCUCUUGAGGCAUUGGGGAUUUCUUUUCAUUUUAGUUUUGUGGGGGAUUUUGGUUGUUUGGUUUGUUUUUGUUGGUUGUUGGUGUUGUGGUUGUGGUUUUUUUUGGGGUUUUUUUUUUGUUUGUUUGUUUUUUUUACAGAUCAGCCCUGUAGUCUCUAGUGCUUCAGUGUUUAAGACGGCAGGUUGGAAAUGCCCCACUUGAAGCUGGGGACUGAAGGACCAGUUUCUUCCAGAAGGAGUGGCAGUCUACUGUAACCAGUUUGAAAAGAAAGGGCUUGCAGAAAUUUGCCUUUAUAUGUAAUUUUUAAAGACAAGUGUAUUCCUUCAAUGCCUCCAAGAGCACAGUUAGAAGUAGAAUCCAGGCAGCUGGGCUGCCUUCCAAGUACUGUGGUCUCUGAAUGACCUUUUCCAGGUGUGCUGCAAAAGGGCUUGGCUUUAUUUUUUUUUUUUUCCUUUUUUUGCACCCCAAGAGCAGCACAUUUGAGUUAAGAUGAUAAAAAAAAGAACAGGGCUCUCUUUGGCCAGUGUGCCUUCAAGCUUCAGCGAUGCAUGUUGAACAAAUGGAGACGAGAGCUCCGUCCAUUGCGAAGGGAUGACUUACCAUGUAGAUGUGGAAGACCUGUGCAGUAUUUUUUUUUUUUUUUCUUGAUUCAAGUUUGGUGCGAUUCUAAUGUUGACCACUUAAAAGAAAUGAAUGUCUGUUUUCUUUUUCUUUCUUUUUUUUUAAUGGUGGCAACUGGCUACUGUAUAAUGUCUGUGAGCGUGUGUGUGUGUGUGACUGCAAUCCAUGCAUGCGAGUCCUACUGGUAAUAUGAAAACCUGCUGUAAGACUGCAAGAAAAUUUACUGUAGCUUUGCUUUAAUUAAUGGUAGAGAUUUUGUUAGUAACAACCUGAAGGGGAAAAAAACACAACAAAAAAAAAAAAAGCCAAAAAAAGAGCUGAAACUAACAUUCCCUAGAGUGCUCGUGUGGAAGAGAGCACAGUUCAGACUACGUAUCUUGUUCUCUUGUUCUUGGGUUUUCUCCCCAUCCCUUUUAUAAUUAUGGUCAUCCAGAUCAUUACUGCUAUGGGGAAAAAUAAUUUGAAAACUGAACUCGGACACAUUCAGAUUUGAUUGAUUGAAAACCAAAAUCAGUUUUAAAUAAGGUGGAAACCAAAAUAUAAUGCCUUUUCUGAUAAA